AUUGAGAAAAAUCCACAGCCGAGUGUUUAUUCGAGGAGCUGCAGGCGAUGUACGGGGGGGGCGAAAUCGCAACCACUUGUAUUUAAGUCACUCUUCCAAAACGAACUUCACUAAACAGUGAAGACCACCGAAACAUGGAUGGCUUUUAUGACCAGCAGGUCCCUUUUAUGGUGCCUGAGAGUAAAUGCCACACAGUUGAGGAGAGGAGUCUCACUGACAGGCGGAGGAGGUUCUUGGACAGAGAGUUGGCUCAGGACACAGAAGAGCUAUUUCAGGAUCUGAGCCAGCUCCAGGAAAUAUGGAUUGCAGAAGCUCAGGCUCCUGAUGACGAGCAGUUUGUCCCAGAUUUCCAGUCCAAUAACUCGACGCUUCACAGCCCACAUGUCAGCAAAGUGAAGCGAGAGCCCAGUCCGUCCAAAGAUCUGUCCCCCUGCGGGACCCCCCAGGCUGAUAUGUGCCUUUACAGUUACAGUGCCUGUGAAAACAAACCAGGUCCGGCUAACGCACCUGUAACGCAGCGUAGCUCCAUCCACUCCGCUGGACCCCCACCCAUACGGAGGCAGCUUCAGCCAUCCCCGCCUCAUAUGACCGGCCAAACUCCAGCCUCCAGCCCCUUCCACCGCCAAAAUCUCCCCCAGUCCAACCCAAACCAGCAGUUCGCUCUGCCCUGUAACCCCGUCGGCUGCUCAGGGGCGUCUUUCAAUCCAGAGCAAAGGUUCCACCGGCAAAUGUCAGAUCCCUGUUUGCCCUUCCUGGCUCCAGAGAAAACUGCAAACACGCCGUACCACCCUUCAGGUUGCGACGGCCGGCCGAUGUACCAGCGUCACCUGUCGGAGCCCCUCACCCCGCUCCCUCCUCAUGGUUUCAAACAGGAGCUGGUGGAUCCACGAUAUCCAGAUGCCGGGCCGGCGGGUUCUAGCCUGGCCCCACCCCAAACCACCUUCAACCACGUCAAAAUCAAACAGGAGCCGAGAGACUUCGGCUUUGAACCCGAAGUUCAAACCUGCCAGUCAUCUUUUGGAAAGUCUCCAGUUUCGUUUCAGAAAAGCGGCGCCGGAUUUGGUUCUGACAGAGAGCCUGUUAGGUACUAUGACGACACCUGCGUUGUCCCAGAAAGACUGGAAGCUAAAGUGAAGCAGGAGGGUUUGCCGUACCAACGGCGCGGUUCCCUGCAGCUCUGGCAGUUUCUGCUAACGCUGCUCGACAAUCCGGCAAAUGCACACCUGAUUGUGUGGACGGGGCGCAACAUGGAGUUUAAACUGAUCGAUCCGGAAGAGGUGGCUCGCCUUUGGGGCAUCCAGAAAAACCGACCAGCCAUGAACUACGACAAACUGAGCCGCUCACUGCGGUACUACUACGAAAAGGGCAUCAUGCAGAAGGUAAAGGUUGCCGGGGAAAGGUACGUCUACAAAUUUGUGUGCAACCCCGACGCACUGUUCUCCAUGGCCUUCUUGGAAAACCAGAGGCCCAGUCUGAAAGCCGACCUUGACGCCAUCCUGCCCCCUAGCGAAGAGGACGGCUUCCCCCUCCCGAGCUACGAGGAGGAAGGGCCUUACUUGGUGGACGGAGGGGAGCAGUGCGUCCAGGGGCUGGGUUUCCCCGACAGCUACCCGUACUAGUCAGCAGCUCAAAGAAAGAAAAAAAAAAACGGCAAAACCUUAACGACACAGCUACAUUUCAGAUAAGAGAUUUAAUUCUGAUUUGUAUUCUAACAAGAGAUUUUGUUCUUUAUUAAAAUUUCAAUGCAACGACGACGCUGAAAAUCUGUUAGUCUCUAAGACUGUUAAACUCACUCCCACGAAGAAAAACGCAACUACUUCCCAAACUUAAGUUCUCAUUCAAAUGGUUGUCUGGAUACAUUCCAAGGUUUAAACUGGGAUUAAAAAAAAGGCUGCAUUUUCAGAGAAGGAAGGCUGCAAGUUUUUUUUUGUUUUCUUUCUUUUUAACAACUCAGUGUAGCUUCAUGACGGUUUAAAUUAAGCAAGAAAUAAGAGGUUUAAUAGGAGGAGUUGACAAGAGAAGGAUCAACCUUUCAACUAUUUUAAUUCUGCAUCAAAGAAAUGCAAAUAUUUAAGUGGCAAAUUCACUCAUUCAUACUCUUUGUUUUUUUCUUUCCAAAUUACUAUUUGUUUUCUUUUUUUUUAAUUCCUACGAUUUAAGUAUUACAUUAAGUUCAGAAAUCACAACUUUUUUAAAAGUAUUCAUGACCAGUAUUUGCUAUUUCAGUUCAGGCUGAGUUGUGUAUAUGCUUGUCUCAGAUCUGGUUUAGUCCCAACACAUAAUGCCACACAUUUGAUUCCCCAUCAAGGAAUUCUUGUAGUUUAUUUACAAUGUUUUUUACUUUAAUUAUACAGUGCCGCUGUAGGUACCAGAUCUGCUCGCCCGUGACAUUGCAAUAUAUGAUUUGCUGAACGUUGCCACAUAAUGUAAAACGUCGUGGUUGCCCAGACAACGCGCAGCAUCUGUGUGCAACAUCUGUAGCGUUAGCGUGUCUAAUGAGCGAUGAAGUUUUACCUGAUGGAUAGUGAAACUGAAAAAAAAUUAUUAUGUUGAACAAAGUAACUGUUAAAAGUAUAAAGGGGAAGAGCUGGGUAGCUCUGUGGCUAGCUCUGGACAAUAGCUAACAGGUUAGCCUGUUUUAGCUUAGUCAGUUAGCCAUAUUAAGCUCCAUUACUUUUAACUUCAUGUCAACAACCACCAUUUGUCUUUUACAAGUAGAACUUUUUUGUGUCUAAAAUCUCCACGAAAAUCCUUUUUAAGAUGUUCGAUUUCUCCUCCCCUGCCCUCAGACCUUAAUAAAAAGAUGAAAGAUAAGCUGAGACUUAUUGUGUCACCUUGUUAAAUAGAUCCUUUAAGUCUGGCAAUGGCUGUUUUUUUUUUUUUUUUGUUUUUUUACUUUAGGCUACUUUAGAUCCCUAAUGACAUGUAAAAUAAUAAAAAAAAUAUGGGUAAUAAUAUGUUGAGACUCUAGAAGAGAUCUGAUUCUUAAGAAAUGGGUGCAAUACAAUCCAAAUGGAGUUGCCGUAUAAUGAUGUCAUAAUAAGGGGCAGGGCCCCGAGCAGAUCUGGUACCUACAUCGCCCCUUGGAUCAUACGCCACAUUUCUUAUACCCAGAACUGCCACUGCCAAGUUUCCUUUUUUGAAAAGAAACAAAACAUGCAUAAUAGUAAUCUAAUUCAAAGCUAAUAUUUGUAGCUAUAUAUAUAUAUAUUCUUGUCGGACUUUGAAGUUUUGAGCCGUCUCUAAUUUCUGCUGCACUUAAACACAGAUAUGCAUUUUUGUUGUGGCAUCGACUCUUUACGACCGUUUCAGAUGUCUUUUUCUGUUUUAGUGUUUUAUAUUGUGGUAAUUUUUGUAGCAUGGCCAUCGCUUUGGUUCUCACGUUUGUAAACUCUGGGACCUUUUUAUCGCAGCCAAAAACAAAAAUCUUAAAGCCAUGGCACUCCUUUUACUAAUUUAGUAAGCUUUUUAUUCCUUAGGUAAUACCCAGUCUGCUCGAAAGGGACACACUUGUAUUUUUUGGGAACUUAUAAUCCUGAGACGUCUAUAUUGAAAAUAUCUUUUUUUGUGUAUUUUUUUUUUUUUCUUAACUGGGUUUCAAAGCUAAUAUUUUUAGCAUUAUAUGGACUUGUAUGUAUUUCAUAUAACGAUUUAUGACAAAAGUAUUGCUUCUAUUUUUUAUUUCUUUGGAUUCUGUAUGACUGCCACUCUUGUGCUUAUAAAAAAGCAUGUUCUUUCUUCUAAACAGAUCGUGUACCGAGAUAGUUUUCUGCAUUUUUGUAUAAUUUGUUUGCUUCGAUGUGUAGAG